CAUUUCUUUUUUGUCCAGUAGAAACAUAAUAGAGAUGCCGUACUAUCUUUAAGAUUCGAUAGGAUGCCUUUUCGAAUCAAAAUGAUUGAGUACAAUCGGGCAUUUGAUUUGAGAAGUGGGGCUAGCCCAGCGUUAGCUUAGCCCUUAGCCGUCCAGGGCCCACUGCCUUCAUUUCUCUGCUCUGCUCGGGACUGUGUUGUCAGUUUCACAAUCCCAGAUACUAACGUCCUCGGAUCGCGAUCUAUGUAUAGGCCUGUCUAGUUCCUCUAUGGGUAAACAUUUAGAUAGUUGCCCGUUUUCAACGUUUGUCACUGUUUCCCAUAGGAUUCGACAUCGUUUGUUACAAAAAGGACGGUGACACAUUUUGAAAAAGGACUUAAACACAGGUUUUGUGAGAUGCAGUGGGUAGACGCUUAGGAACUGAUGUACGUGUACUUGGAAUUUGCCCUGUGAGGACGGACCUGCCACCAUGAAGAGUGAGGUGCCAUCUGAGGCCCCCAGCAGACAGGACCAUCUGAAGGAGCCCCUGGUGAAUCCCGAGCCGAUUGAGGGUGCCAAGAGCUUUCCUAACAACAUGGAGGUGAUUGGCAAAGCGGGCAGCGAGUACGCAGAGCUGUGCUCCGAGUCCAGGCAUCGGCCCUUGAGAGAUACAGGGACCCACAGAGACUCAGAACGGAGCAUCCCUGGGCGUAGAAAAAGAAAAGGCCAACAGGCCGGCCCGUCAGACUGCUCGCUGAAAGAGGGCCACAUAAGUGAGAAUUCACUGGCCUCACAGCGUCCCAGGGUAGAACUUUUACAACACCCUAGUGAGGACGAGCAUAAUCACGAGUCCUCUUUUAGUGACUGUGCUUCCUCCCCUUCCUCCAGUCUGCGAUUUGGGGACUCGGACACUCUCAGCUCAGAGGAUGAGGGGGAAGCUGGAGCAACAGGGGGCCAGCAAAAGGCUCCUGCCUUGACAACAGGAGGGGCGGCCGGAGUUGGUUUACGUCCUGUUCUGGGUCGAACUCGGGGGAAUCGCUCUCAUAAGUGGAUGCGGUCUGAAGCAGAGCCGGUGCUGCUCAAACGACCGUGUCUGAACAGCCGGCGACCUCUGCAUAGAAAACGCUAUGUGAAAACAGCUCCUGGAGGGGGUCAGCGGACUCAGAAGCAAAAGGAGCGAUUACUACUGCAGAGGAAGAAACGUGAAGUAAUUGCUCGUAGGAAGUACGCUCUACUCCACAGCACCAGUAGUUCCAGUGAGGAGCUGAGCAGUGACUCGUCCUCCCCCUCUUCUACCGAAGCAGAAGAUGAGCUGUAUGUCGACGUGAGCAGCACCAGCAGUCAGCCCAACAGUGCUACUGUAACUACAGGUGCUCUGGAUGAGGAUGUGGUGGUGAUCGAGGCAACACCGGCUCCAGCUCCUGCUGUUCCAGCCAGUGAGGAGAUCAAUGUCACCUCCACAGACAGCGAGGUGGAGAUCGUCACAGUCGGAGAUGGUUUCAGGUCACGCUCAGUGGGGGGUCUCAGCAGGAUCUGGGCUAAUAGCUGCUCCCAGAACCGGCUCCAGGAAUCUCGUGGACGUCACAGACUCUCCACCGUCAUCCAACCACUGCGUCAGAAUGCUGGGGAGGUGGUGGACCUCACCGUUGAUGAAGAUGAUCUCUCAGUUGUGCCAACAACCUCUGGCAGCAUUCACCCUCAAACAGUCAGGUCAUCCUCGUCAUCAUCUUCCCAUCAUGCCUCUACCUCAGAGCUCAACGAUGCCCCAGGCCCUUCCACCAGCUGCCCAGGUUCAAUACCUGAAAGUAUGCACACACAGAGGCCCAGUGGUUCAUCUCGUAAAGCCACAGAGGAUGACAGUAGACCAGGUUUGUCAGUAACAGCAGGAGAAAGUGGAGGCACAGCCAUGCCCAGACUGCCAUCCUGCUGCCAGCAGCACUCCCCAUGUGGAGGGCCCUCUCCUGGUCACCUGUCCCUGAGCCACUCCCACUCAAGCUGCUUGCAGGCGUCAUCCUCCCAGCAGGCCAGCAGCGCUCAGCAUGGUCACGGUCACAGCCACAAUCACAGCAACACUCAUCACUUCCUCCACCAUGUUCAUCACCCAGCGCCCCAACCCCCGGGCACCCUGCCCUUCCAGGAGCCCAGCUGUCCCGUGGAGCGACCCAGUGCUCUGCCGGCCCCGUGCGCUGGAGUCAGCAGCAGCAGCAACAGUAGUAGUAGCAGCAACACAGCCCACUACCAUGACCAGCAAACCCUGCCAGUGGACCUCAGCAACAGCAGUGUUCGGAGCAGUGGAAACAGUGGGGCUAGUUUCCAUGGCAGUACCUCUGCUUUUGAUCCGUGCUGCCCAGGAUCCACGUCACGGCCUCCUGCGUUCGUGUCACAGGCCACCCCUGGGCCCAGCCAGCCCUCUGCUGUGGACUCGUUCAGCUCCUCUAUGGUGGCUCAGCCUCAGCCUCAAACACAGCCCCAGCAGCCCUGCAGACAUUACAUGCACCCAUCCUAUGGAUCCCUAGCUCGUUCACUGCAUCAUCAACCCUCCUCAGCCUGCCCCCAUUCCCACGGGAACCCCCAACUGACACCUCAGCCCCCUCCACAGGGCGAUUAUGUCAUCCCCCAUAAUGUCCAUACCUUCCACGCACCACUGCCAUCCCACCCCUCGGGUCACGCCGUGCCCCCUGCUCCUCCCCCUCCUCUGCCCGGCCACCACCUCCCCAGUUCAAGUGCCCCACUGGCCCAGCACCUGCCUGCGGACCACCAGACCCUGCCGCACCAUAUGCCGGCUCUGGGGGCCUCAGUGCAGAGGCUCCAUCAGCAUGAGAUGCUGCAGAGGAUGGAGGUGCAGAGGCGUAGAAUGAUGCAGCACCCCACACGAGCACAUGAGCGUCCGCCUCCACACCCCCACAGAAUGCACCCCAACUAUGGCCAUGGACACCACAUCCAUGUACCACAAACUAUGUCUUCCCAUCCUCGCCAGCCAGAGCAGAGAACAGCCUGGGAGCUUGGCAUCGAGGCUGGUGUGACUGUGGCACCGUACCCUUCAGGGCACCUGCACUCCCACCUGCCCCACUACCACCCUCCCCCCAGACUGCACCACUUCCCCAUCCCCUUCAUGCACACUGGCAUAUCUGAAGUGACCUACCCGCACAUUCGGUACAUCUCAUCUAGAAUGACUGGCUUUGGAAGAACCUAUGAGGACCUGCUGCAUCUAGAGGAAAGACUGGGGACUGUGAACCGAGGAGCCUCUCAGGGAACCAUAGAGAGGUGCACUUACCCACACAAGUACAAAAAGAAGGUGUUGGAGAGAGACAUUGACCAACAGUUAACCCCUGAAGCUUGGGCAUCUAUUGGGAAAAAUAUGCACGCAACCCCAGAAUCGAGAAAGCUGCAUGGUAAGCAAGACGAAGACGAGGGGGCAGAUGAAGACACAGAAGAAAAAUGCACCAUCUGUCUGUCAAUCCUGGAGGAGGGGGAGGAUGUCAGACGUCUACCAUGUAUGCACCUCUUCCAUCAGCUGUGUGUGGAUCAGUGGCUCCUCACCAAUAAGAAGUGCCCCAUCUGCAGAGUGGACAUUGAGGCGCAGUUGUCUGCCGAGAGUUGAUGCUGUUUUUCUAACAACCCUUUUGUUGAAAUUUAUUUUGACAUCCUGUUAAUUUUCUCUUCAGUACUGCAGUCAACCAAAGAUGGCAUGAAUUACCUGCGCAGCUCUACUAUGAGAAAAUAUAAAACAAAACAAAAAAAACCAUCUGACAAAAAAGCAUCGAGCCUAGAGUGCCAGCUAUCACAUAUUACUACAACGGCUAGAAUUCUCCAUUAAGGGUUUAAAGUUUUAUUGUAUUUAUGAAGCUUUUAUGUAGCUUUUGAUUGUUUCCUCAAGUGUCAUUUUUGUUUUGUUCUUCUGCAUGUUUCCUUGCAAUGCAUUUCUUUGCACAUAUAACGUGGGCUAACACAGCCUAACAACUUGCAGGUGAGGAUAGCUGCUCUAGUAAAGAUGCAUUUCUGUAAACCUAAUGCCUUGCUUUACUAGAAUAGAAUGUCGACCUCCAGUUAAAAAAAAAACAUUGCAGGAUUCAUUUUACCAAUCAUUGUAUUGAUUAGUUUAUGUUUAGAAGAUGUGGAUUGUUAGUGACAGAUGUUUUUUUAAGUAAAAUCGAGACAUUCCUAACUAGGGAAAUAUGUUAACAGAGCUGCUGUAUUAGUGCACACCCAGUAUUUCUAGAGUGGAAAUAAACUCCAAUGUUCACCUCACUCCCAGCUUCGCUACAGUGUCACCUCCCUCUAGCACCUUUCAUUCGAUUAAACACCGUUAACACCGUCAUCUGAUGUAUUUUAGAGAACAAGAAAAGGAAUGUCGCAUCUCUCUCUGGACUGUUAUCUCUGAAACGAGCAAUUGUUGGGAUCUGCUGUGAAUCUUCUCUUGACACCGGCGGGGUUUUGUUUUCACGGACGGGGCUUCGUGACGGUUAAUAAGGUGGUCUCAGGCCAAGCGUGGGUUCUGGUUUUCACGUCAACCUGCUGCUGCCUGGGAUCGUUUUUGUCAUUUUCGACGCCGGCGGGGGCACCGACUUUUAUUUCGACUCCUGUUUGUGUGUUCAGAUUGAAAUACGCAACUCAAUUGGGGAUGAAUAUUUACUCUUUGCUCUCACUCUUCUGACUGUUUUAUCCACCCUGCCUUUUGUCUCUCUGUAGUUUAGCAGCACUGUUCAUUUUUGCUGCGGAAAGAAAAACACUAAUACUGUUGAACUAACUCACUCGCAUAGACUUGCACAAGAGAGAAAAUGGUAGGAGAGUAGUAGUCAAUAUGACAGUGCGCUGAGGCCAUGUAUUUCCACUCUGAUGAAUAUUAAAAAAGAAAAGAAAAAAAGAUAUUUUGAAUGGAGUGUUGAAAUGCAGUACUUAAAGCAGGUAUCCAUGCGUUCAUUGACUUAAAGGCACCAGGAUCAUAUUCUGUGGGAUUUAUAUUAGUUUUAAAAAAUAAUAUUAAUAAACUUGGAUAACUCUUAAUUGA